AUGGGGGUCGUUACCCUGUUCAGCGUUCUGUCGCCUUAUGUUCUCCCAGUUGUCAGAAACCGCAAUCUUUGGGCUGCGUUUAGUCUGAUUGCUGUCCUCUUAUUCACUAGUGGGCACAUGUUCAAUCACAUCCGCAAAGUCCCCUACGUUGUUGGAGAUGGGAGGGGUGGUAUCAACUAUUUUGCGGGAGGUUUCUCAAACCAAUUUGGGAUGGAAACACAGAUUGUCGCCGCAAUCUCAUUGGCUAUGAAGGUGCCUCGCAUUGCGGACAACAAGUCUCAACAGGUGGCCGUGGUCAUCUGGGGGGCUGUGCUCCUUGGAACAUACAGCUUCCUCUUAAGUGUUUUUAGAGCGAAAAAUGACUAUGAAGAGACUGGCCUCUAG